AUGACUUUACAGCUUGAGGCAGCCAAAAGGUGGUUGAACUUAUCAUCUGGGAGGCAAAAUAAUGAAGUCACAGCGCACCCUCUAGGAGCGCGUCAGCGACUGCUGAUGCAAGCUCGACAAACAACAGAUGUGGCACCUUCAAGCGAGCAGGUUCAGGACCAUGAGUUGGACGGCUUCGCGUCAAAUAAGGAAUUUAUGACUGAUGUUAUAGAGAAGAUGAUGUUUGUUUCCGGAGAGACAGCGGAACCGUCAGUGGAGACAACAACCUUAGUCGAAGAGAUCGUGCGUCAACAAGUUAUUGAAAUGCUUAUCCGAAGCACUGCCCUCGCUGCUCGUCGGGGCGUCCGGUCUAUUUCAACUGACGACCUCUUUUUCCUUAUCCGUCAUGACAAGGCUAAAGUUUCGCGACUGAAAACGUUCCUCUCCUGGAAGGACGUUCGCAAGAAUGUAAAAGAUUCUGACGACAAAGGCGGGGGAGAUACGGCAGAUUUUGGUGCUGGAGACGAUCCUCUUGCGGGUGCUGCACAGGAUGUCGCCGCUAAACCGAAAACUAAACGUGCUAAAAUUGGUCUUCCAUGGGACCUCAAUAAUCUCUAUUCUGUUCAAGUUCCCGAACGUGAGGAUGAAGAAGAUGAAGAGGAGGAAGAGCAAAACUAUGCGACUCUUCAACGUCUUGCGAACGCGGAUGAGCGUACUAAGAAUAUGACCCGUGAAGAAUAUGUUUUCUGGUCCGACUGCCGACAAGCAUCUUUCACUUUCCGCAAGGCCAAACGUUUCCGUGAAUGGGCUGGCUUUGGCAUUGUUACAGAUUUUAAGCCGAACGACGAUAUUGUUGAUAUUUUGGGAUUUCUCACUUUUGAGAUUGUUCAGACCCUGACAGAAGAGGCUUUAAAGGUUAAAGAACAGGAAGAUCGCGGCAAAAAAGGGCGUGGAGGCACUGAGGACGGAGGAGAGAAAAGCAAGAAACGCAAACGAGAGACCGGGCUUUUCGACCCCCCAGAAGAAGGUAGAACGCCUAUUGAGCCAAAACACGUCCAUGAAGCAUUCCGUAAGCUGCAGGCUACCCCCAAUAAAGCCGUUGCUAUGUUGUUGCAUGGGGGCCGUGCACCUGUUCGCACACCACUGAGGCUUAUCUAG